GACAGCACUUUUUGUUUAAAUAAAUUUGGGUUUUUGGUUCUUUUGAAACUGCCUGCAUCAUGGGUCCAUUCCUGCCUGAGAAUCACAACACAGACUCAAUGUUAGCCUUUUGGAGUGUCCCAGAAAUGCACUGUGAGGAUGUGAAUCUUCAAAAGGAGCACAGAGGCAGUGCUGAGCUUAUUCUCCCUCGGUACCAUGAACUGUUGCUCCAGCAGGAGGAGAGGAAGGGAGUUACUGGUCCGGGCCAGUACCAUAUCAGAGGUCUGUUUGAGAAGCCGGUCCAGUCCAUCAUCGAGUUACCAAAGAUCACCAAGAGCUUCCUCUCACAGACUGAGGGUCACUGGUGCCCAUAUCCAGCAGUCGCAGUGCRAGGGGCGGGGUACAUCCUGGACAAUACUGUUUCACCAUGAAGAGUAAUCAUUGGAUGUACAUCCACAACUCAUUAACUUUUGAAGUCAGCUUAAUUCAAGAUGGCCGCCACACAUUUGCAAACAGAAGUGGCUAUAACUCAGUAAAUUUCAAAGACACUGAGCUAAUAUUUGGGGUGGAAGUAGCCGACAGUCAUCCUCAUCACAUACUUCAAGUGCUAACAGAAGCUUCAGUAAAAACAUUUUAUGAAACUGCUGUUCAUUUUCCAUUCUCAUGCAUUAUUUUACACAAUAAUUCAUUUAAGAAUAUAUAUAUUUUUCUUUCAAGUACAAGUUUUAAACUUAACUUUUAAAUAUCCAAGCUUCCACCCCUUUGU